CUGUAGUUCCUCAAACAAGUUUUACUUUUGCACGCAGACCACUCUUAACUUCCUGUGUUCUGUGAGCUGGGGAGCUAGCACCAUGACCGGCAGCAACAUUUGUUGCAACUUUUUAAAUAUGUGGGAAAAAAAUAAGAUUUCGAGCAUGUAUUACAUUAACCAAGAUUCCAAAUUAUCUAAUUUCUUUCAACAGGCAAGUAGCCCAACAACAGGAACAGCUCCCAGAAGCCAGUCACGGCUGUCCGUCUGCCCAUCCACUCAGGACAUCUGUAGGAUCUGUCACUGUGAGGGAGACGAUGAGAGCCCCCUUAUCACGCCAUGUCGCUGCACGGGAACUCUACGAUUUGUUCACCAGGCCUGCCUGCACCAGUGGAUCAAGAGUUCGGACACCCGCUGCUGUGAGCUCUGCAAGUAUGACUUCAUCAUGGAGACCAAACUGAAACCACUCCGGAAGUGGGAGAAACUACAGAUGACGACAAGUGAGAGGAGGAAAAUAGUCUGCUCUGUCACAUUCCACAUUAUUGCCAUUACCUGUGUCGUGUGGUCACUGUAUGUAUUAAUAGAUCGGACUGCUGAGGAAAUCAAGCAAGGCAAUGACAAUGGUGUCCUGGAAUGGCCAUUCUGGACAAAACUGGUUGUGGUGGCCAUUGGCUUCACAGGAGGCCUUGUCUUCAUGUACGUACAGUGCAAAGUCUAUGUGCAGCUGUGGCGCAGGCUGAAGGCCUACAACCGUGUGAUCUUUGUGCAGAACUGCCCCGAUACUGCCAAAAAGUUGGAGAAGAACCUCCCCUGUCAUGUGAGCACAGACAUCAAGGAUGCUGCAGUAGUGCCCGUGUCACAAAUAGGUACAAAUGUACUGCUGACCACAGAGGGUGGAACCCCAGAAGUCAUACCAGUCUGAUGGGACCAGCUGACCUUGUUUUACCAGAGUCUGAAAUGUUUUCCAGCCCUCAGUGACUAGAGAGCAGAAGUGAUCUUGCAUUGUUUCCCCACCCUAACCCUAGCUACCAACUCCUUACCUACCUUCCAACAAAACAAAAGAAAAAUGCAUCAGAUGAAAUGGGACAAGUACAGCAAUGACCAAGAUCCCAGAAAGCUGGGUCUAGGGUGGGAUGUGGACACGUAUGUAUAAAGUCUAUUAAGAGAAUCCUUUCUGAAAGACAAUGCAAGCUCUUUGUGGCAAGGUGCGCUUUUAACACAAAUACUCACUGGUCACAGUAUCAAGAGGAAAGUGGGGGAAGAAUGAAGACUUGAAUUUCAAUGUGUAUUUUUACUUCUAGGGUCUUUUCUGACAAAGAUUUCGUCUUCAAAACUGACGGGGAAUAGCAAACACAUCUGGCUUAAAAUCUUAGAGUUGCUUGCAUUAGUUCUAAAUCAAAUCAGGAAAAGACUUUAAAGAGGAUGGGCUACAUGAUUUCUAAGGUCCCUUCCAUUAGUGAAAUUCUAUAAUUCUAUAAAGGAUGCAUAUUUUUCUGAGACUUCACACUUUAACAGUAAAUAGAUUUUUACGGCUACCCUGGAGCCUGUUUUGACAGCUGCAUGAGUUAGAAAUAGAUGCAAUACACAUUCAAUUGUGUACAAUGAAACAUUUUUGAGAAAUGAUAUUCGACGAAUAUUUAUGAACAGAGUUUAGAAUAUUUUUUUGUUUUAUCUUUCAUGCAAAUGCCAACCAAAAUUCCAAGCCAACUACUUGGUUCUAUGUCUUCUCUGCUGCCACCAAAAACAGAGUUGACCAUGCCUUGGAUUUUAAUACAGUGUCUGAAUAUUUUUUAAAACAGAAGCUUCACUGCUUAUUGUAUUAAAAGGAUUCACAAGCAUAUAAUUCUUACAAAGCAUUACGUUUAGUUCUAUCUAUCUUAAGUAAGUACCCUGCUUGAAUGGUUAAGGAAAGUGCUAUCCCUCAACAGGUUAAAAACCGAAUGCAAGUUGCAGUAUUACACAAAGGGGCAGAAAACCAACUUCUGCUUCUCUGAAGCAUCUGGGAGAGGAAAAUCCAAUUUAAAGUUGCUUUUGGUUCUACACCUAAAAGCCUAAAAUUACGAGGCUGUAUAUAGUCUAUUAAGUAGUGCCCAGAAAAGAAGUUGUUAGGGCAGUGAUGACAGAACAUCUAGCCCCUUUUAAAAGGCCAGUGUCUCUUGCUUUGCUCAGCUGGUUUGGGUGAAUCCCACGCUGAGAAAAUGGAGCUCAGCGGUUCAGUUGUUAUGAUGUUCUGUGCAUAUUCAUGUAAAACUAAAGUGUGAACGACAUUGCAGUGAGUUCGACUACUGAUCAUAGGUAUAAUGGUGUGAUCAAAGAAAGAUGUCCUAUAUAAAAAACAGACAAAAGAAGGUGUGUGAUUUGCUUUUGUUAAUUGUCAUAUUUAUUAUUGUGGCAAGAUAGCCAUGGUGGCUGUAAGAAUCAGUGCAUGGUUUGCACAAGUCUGGUUAUCACGCUGAUGCAAUUUGUAAUUACUUGAGUCUCUUCUGUGCUCUUGUGGUUCAUGGAUUUUGUCAUAGGAAGAGGAAAACAAAACCCCUUCCAGGGAGGAGAUGGACUAUGUUAACUGGUAGUAGCUAUCUAUCUCCAGAGUCCAAACAAUCCCAAUUCUUAGAAAUACUAAGUAUGAUGAUUUGUCAGUUUUUUUAAUGUAUUCAUGUAAAUACACAGCAGCAAAAUGUAAUGGUUUUCUGAUUGUCACAGGACCAAGUUUGUAUAAAUCAUUGCUCUGCAAGGUGGUGUGGAGGGUAUGAGAUGAGGAAGCAAGCAGAUAAAAAAACAUGGGUGGAAAUGAAAUGCACCAACUAUGGACAGACACAAACAUUAUCAGUUGCAUUUUUAAAAAUCCUGAGCCUAAAAUCCUGUAAUUAAGUUACUCUAAAAUUUCUGAUCCAAAGCUUUAAGGUGAAUCCAUGACUUUAACACUAGCUUUGAGAGGCUUAACUGCAGGUUUCACACAAGAGUAUUAAUCUUGCUUCAGUUUUCUAACUCAUUUUCUUGGGCUUUAUAUAUAAUUGUCCAUUUUUUUUCCCAAACGGAUUAGCAAUCAUAAAAGACAUUUCCAGAAAAAUAUUUCACCUGAAAAACAUUUUGAAUAUCACUGUUUUCACCUAUAGGGCACGGAUUAUUUCUGUUAUAACCACCCCAAACAAAUUUAAAGCAAUCUCUUUACAAACCUAACCAUCACAGACAUAUGCACAAUCUAUACCACGGUGGUGAGUCAAGGCAGCAAAAUGAGGUCUCAUUGACUGGGGGCUAUACUUAAUGCUAAGAAAAUGAUUCCCAAAGUGGGGAGGGAGGGCACUGAGUAGUAUCUUAAUAGGAAAAAGAUGGCAAGUUGUUAAAAAACUUGAUUGGAUUUCAAGUUACCAAGAAAACAACAAAAGGUGAUAACCCAAUAUUUUGUUCUCUCUAUGCUGCACUUUCCUUAACCCCCAAAGCAUUUCUGAUUCAGAUUCUUUGAGCAACUGUCAUGCAAUGUCUAGUCAUCUUUCAGUCUGAAAUAACUAUUUAAAUUAAGCAUCUAGUGUUAAAGGUUUAUUCUUUUGUAUUUUAUAUGGUAAUGAUGCAUAUAGCCCUUCCAAUGGACGGUUCCACUCUUUCUGCAGUCAGUAGUUCUGGAGACUGAAAAUAUUGCCAAAAAAAAAAAAAAAAAUAUUGUCCCUAGCAAGGAGCAUUUACAAAAGUUCAUAUAUGUAUAGGGAUGUAAAAUGCAACCAACAAACUGAAAUAACCAGCUAUCAGAUCUCAUUCACAACUCUGAUUCUUUUCAGUUGGGAAAUAAUCAUUUCGGAUCUUAUUAAUAGUAUAAGCCCAUAGAGUUGUACCACUAAAAUAUUAUGCAUAUCAUAGAAAAAUUAAGUGGAUGGCUCUUUUCCUUCUAUGAGAUUGUGGAUCAUGAAUUUAGUAACAAGAAUGAACCUCCAAAAAACUGUGAAGUCUAAAAGUUCCUUCAUCCAACGUAAUAGAAAAACAGAGGGGGGGGGAGAAGAAUAGAGUGGAAGAGGGGAGAUCAGGGGAAAAAGAGGGAAGAAGAUAAAGGCUGCUGAAAGAAGGAAUCGAAAUGAGUCAUCUUUAAGAAGGCUUCAGGACUAACUCAGUCUAAACUGCACUUUAACAAUAUAUAGUUAGAACUCCAGAUAGAUAAACAGCAUUGAUCACAUAGCCACCUUCUGCAAACACUUGUGAUUUUUUUAAUUUGUUUUGUUUUUGCAAAAGGUGCCUUAAGUACCUACAGCUGUCUAUAUUUUGUUUGGUUGGAGAAAUGAGCUCACUAUAGUGAGGAAAAUAUUAGGGGGAAAUAACACUGACUUAGAAAAUAUGAAUUAUUUCAGUUGUCUGUAUUGACAUGAAUUUUAUUUUUUCCUGAUUCUCUAAAGUUAAGAUUUUGGGGGAGAAAUAAACCUUUUAACUUUUUUUAAAAUUAUGAUUCAUCAGGGUUAAAGUUUAACCAAGAAGGGUGAAAGCAGUUUUAUUCUUAAAUCAGCCCAAUGGUGCUAUUUCACAUACCCACAAAACGGAACGGAAGUACUGUUAUUUUGGGCCACAGUGUUUCCUCCACAUCUGAAGAAAGCCCAUUCUGAAAGUGAACACUGCACUUACACAAAUAAAAGAAUAUUCCGGUUGUGUGCAAUUCUUGA